CCGUUUCGUGCUUGUCGCUCUUUUUUGGUCAUUAGACGCCUCGGUCGAUACUUUCGUUUGAAGAUUAGAUUAUCACGGUUGUUUUUGCCUACACAGACAGUCCUUACCUAUCGAAGAGCGAUUACAUUCGUUGAACGACAGCAAGCAUGCGUUCGUAUGUCGCGGUUCUGGCCGCAGCGGCCGGAUUUCUUGGAAAUGCGCUGGCAGCACCAACGGGACCUAGCGUAGUAAGGAGAUGGGUCCCCGUGAUGCCAGGAGGAGUGGAUGACAUUGUCAUCACCAAGGAUAACACACUCAACGCCACGAACACGAGCCCAAUUUCUCACAAGCAAGACAACGUUUUCAGUGUAGCUGGGAACUCCAGGUUGCCGUUGGCGCUGGUGAACAACAUCGGAGGCGCAGUAAACGCAUAUGUCACAGGAUUGGAUCCAUCGGGGAAAAUUGUUUUCCUGCAGUCCAAUGGAGCCUUCUACUAUCCUCCCUGCGAUUCCUCGUUCUCCACACCGAGGGAAGUCACCGCGAACAUCGCCAUUCCCCUCAACAGUGCAAAAGGCAGCACGACCCGAGUCACUCUGCCAAACUACAUCUCCGCCGCCCGAGUCUGGUUCGCCAAGGGAAAUCUACAUUUCUACUCCGUCUGGAAUCCAGCUUUGAAUGCUCCUGGCCAGGUCCAGCCCUCGUUCGCCAAUCCACAAGAUCCCUCGGCAGCGAUUGACUGGGGGUUCGUGGAGUUGACAAAUAAUGCCGGUGGUCUAUAUGCCAACCUCAGCUAUGUAGAUUUCGUGGGCCUUGCGCUGGGGAUGUCGAUGGUCGCUGGUAAUGGAGCGACGACGACUGUCAAAGGUCUUCGCGCGGGCGCUGCGGGUACGAUUUGCGCUGCUCUCCAGACCCAGCAGAACAAGGACCGUCAGCCAUGGGGGAAUCUUUGCCAGGCGGGAUCUGGUGGUGCGCUUCGUGCUAUUGCCCCGAAUAUCAUGGUCAGCUCCAAUCGUGCGGCUUUCGCCGGCUACUGGACCAGCUAUGUGGACCAAGUAUGGAAUUUCUAUACCACCAACACGCUGAGCAUCGAUACCCAAUCCGGUGCCGGCAAAGUCGCAUGCACGGUCAGCGGUGGCUAUCUGAACUGCAAUGGCGAUAAUCGGGGAUACGCCAAACCAAGCGCCGGUGACAUUUUUGGUUGCAACUCAGGCCCUUUUGGAAUUCAGGGCUCUGACAACGCCGUGCACAGAGCUGUGGUACCGCGUCUCUGCGCUGCCUUCAGUCGGGGAACGCUCAUGCAGAAUGGUGGAAACUUGCAGCCAGGACCGCACGCUACCACAUAUUACACGAACGCGCCUGCACCACACAACGUGUACAGCUCCAUUGUGCACCAGAACGAGCCGGAUGGGAGGGGAUACGCAUUUUCUUAUGACGACGUAAAUCCUACUGGGGGGAUCGAUCAGAGCGGGACUCUGUCCGAUGGAAGCCCACAGCUUUUGACUGUGUAUGUCGGCGGUGCGAACUGAGUGUGCAGUCGGAUUUUGCACGGUGUGGAGGAAAGGUUGGAGCCAGGUAUCAGACCGGCCAUACGGGCUGUGUUCAAUAGACCUUGCUUCAGGAACAAAAUCCUGCAAGAUAAUGUAUAAGACCAAGUUGCCAUCCGAAG